AUGCCGCGUGGAGCCCGCAGCGGUCCCGCCGAGCCCGCGCCCCCCGGUACCUGUUGCGCUGCCCCGAGCGGCGGCUCCGCCGGGCCGCGGCCCCUGCGCCUCCCGCGGCGCUCGGCCCCACAACAUGGCGGCGGGGGCGGGGGAGGGGGCGGGCGCUGCCCGAGGCCGGGCUCCGCCGCAGCCGGGACGGGGCUCUCGGAGGCCGAUGGAUGGGUGGCUGUGCCCUGCGGUGCAGCCCCCGGGGCUGUGCCGGGCUCGCCAAACAGUGCCGCGGUCCGGGGAUGUCGACACCGAGCCUUUGCUAUACGCUUUCCGGCUCUAUUCCAGUCCUAUCCCUACUCGAUGCUGAAAAGCCGUGGCGUCUGUUCUGCACAGGCGAAGCUCCCAGAUGAGGACAGUUCUUCCACCUGGGAGCAGGUGACAGCACCCUUGGUGCUCUCCAUGGGAAGCGUGUCCCGCUGGGACCCUCACGCCAGCGCUGAGGGGGCUGGCACCGGCAGCUAAAUUGGUCUCACGCCAGGCACAGCUCAGUGCACUGAAAUACGUAGGGUUUCAGGGGUUUAUCUUUCCAAAAAUUAAAGGAAGGCAAUAUGUGGAAAAUGCCGUAAUUUUUAACCACCAAACGUUUUCCUUCUCCAGCGAGGGGAUCUCGCCGUGCACGAUUACAGCGCCUUUCUGCUAUGCUUUUGCUGGGUAGAUAAUUACCUAUCACCUUUGUACAACCCAGAUUUUUCCACUGACUCAUUCUUCUGGGUUCCUAAUGAGCCUUUCCAGUUUGUUACACCUUUUAUCAUUGACGGUGAUUCCGGAACAGUCACGUUCUUGUGCCAUGCAAUGGCCAUGGCCACAUCCUAGCACUUACCACGGGGUAAUAUUUCUGCUUACACGCCUGAUGUCUGCAUUUGCUGUUGCAGCUGCCACAUUGCACUGGCAGCAUUCAUGCAUUUACCCCUUGUGACCUCCUCAGCCCUCAUCUGAUUCACUGCUUUUGAAGAUACAGCAUUCUUCUCCCUCACACCCAGCCCAAA